ACGGAACUUAAGUUCUGCCAUUUUGUCUAAACGGCCAAAAAUUGACAUAAACGUCGCGCUUACCUUCAAGAAGUUUUAUAAUUUUACUAAUGAUUAGUAAAUAAUCGUUGACUGGAAAUUUAUUUUUAUAAGCAGAAUCAUGGCUCGCAGCCGCAAAGAUAGUGCGGGCAAAAGCGAUUCCGAAAUUGCAGAAAAGGAAAACAAACGAGAACGAGGCAAAGAUAAAGAUCGAAAAAAACGAGCUGCUUCUAGUUCCAGUAGUAAUAGCAGUUCUUCUGACAGUAGUUCGGCGAGUUCGAGUUCAAGCAGUGGUAGCAGUUCAAGAUCGAGUUCAUCAUCAAGUUCGAGUUCAACUAGUUCAGGAAGUUCAUCGGGAAGUUCACGGGAAAGGACUCGUAAGCGUAGUCGCAGCAAAAGUGUCGAUGCAUCGAGACGACAUGAAAACAAAGAGAAGGACAAGGAUAAGGAACGUGAAAGAGAACGUGAGAGAGAGCGUGAACGUGAGAGGGAACGUGAACGUGAGAGAGAACGAGAGAGGGAGAAAGACAAGAAAAAAAGUAAUUCUAUUCCUGAGAAACCAAAACCAAAGCCACGAUCUAGAUCGCCAAGUCCACGGAGAAAACGUAGAGAACGAUCGCCAAUUCCAAGGCCGACAAAAAUUCAUAUUGGACAUUUAACACGAAAUGUCACCAAGGAACAUAUUAUGGAAAUAUUUUCCACUUAUGGAAAUAUUAAAUUAGUUGAUUUUGGAGUUGAUAAAUUUCAUCCAAAUCAUGGUAGAGGUUUUGCUUAUGUUGAAUUUGAAACUGCAGACGAGGCUGAAAAUGCUAUGAAACAUAUGGACGGAGGACAAAUUGAUGGUCAAGAAAUAACUGCUGCUCCUGUAUUAUUGCCAAAGCCAAGACCACAAUUAAUGCGUCGAAUGUCACCAAUGAUGGGAAGAAGGCCACCACCAAGAUGGAUGGGAGGAGGUGGAAGGAAUUCACCACCACGUUAUCGACGUCGUUCACCGCCAAUGAAUCGUCGACGUAGUCCACGACCUCCACGACGUAGGCCCAGAUCACGUUCACGAAGUCCUCAGAAUAAUCCUCGUCAUCGUCAUCGCCGAUAUACCAGGUCAAGUUCUAGUAGUUCCCGAUAAUGAUUUAUUUUCUUUUCUGAGACAAUUAUAUCCACAAAAAAAAAAAAAAAAAAAAAAUCAACAACAACAAACCCUCACUCAAUCGUUAAUCCUAUUGGAUAAGCUUAUUUAGAAUGAGUGUAAUGAGAGAAAAUGAAAGAGAUAGAGAGAAAGGAAGAGAAAAAGAGCAAAAAAGAAUUUUUUAAUAUUCGUAUCAAUUUUUUUUUUCAUUGAUACCAAGAAACAUUCAGUUAAAUGAAUUUGUUUCGAGUAUCAAUGAAAUAAUUGUAAACACUUUUCAUUAAUAUAUUGCAAUUUCCAAUUUAUUUUUGAUUGUCUUAUUUGUUUUUUCUAUUAGCGAUUAUGAAAAAAAGAAGAAAAAAAAAUUAUUAUUCCAGGUUGGACGAGUAUGUAUGAUGAUUGUCUUGCAGUUUUUUAUACAUAUGCUCGUUUAUAUACAAAAUAAAUAUUAACUUUGGUAAAAAGCUCGAGGGACCGAGUGAGUGAUUUGCUAAAAAAAAAAAAAAAUCAACAAAAUGAAGUGCUUUGACUUUUCGUCGUCUGCGCGUAUUGUGAAAGAAAAAUAAGUAGAAUGUUUUUGAAUUCAUUAGGAAAUGUGUGUGUAUUUUUUUUUUGUAAGUGGACAGCUAGAAAGAUAUUUAUCUUUUUUUUAAUUCUAGAUACAAUUUUGUCUGGCUCUGAAAAAAAAAUCAGUUUUCGAAUUUUUUUACUGACAAAAAGAAAGCUAAGUUACAUAGUAAAGAUGUAUGAAAACUGUGAAAAUUGUAUAAAAAGCAAUUAAAAACAAAAAAAAUAAGUACAUCAA